AGUAUCAACAAGAAGGCGCGAAAAUGAACGAUAGCUUUGGUGCUGGUGGUUUUAACGCUACGUCGGCCGAUGGAGGCGGUUCGGAAAACAAAGCAGAGGGAGUUUUACCGCUCGUAAUCCAGCAGGUCAUCGAGUCCAGUGAUGGCGGCAUUACAAUGUUUGGGAAUCAGUACGCUAUGAUUUCUUUGGUUGCAAUCGUGCGGGACGUUGAAUUUUCGUCCACUAAAGUGACUUACCAGCUAGAAGAUCACACGGGUCGAAUAGACGCACACUUCUGGCUCGAGGAGGAUGGAGCGGUGAACACACCAAGUGUCGCCCCCAACUCGUAUGCACGGGUCGUUGGAUCCGUCCGAAAUCAGGGUGGUUCGAAAGCGAUCAUGACAUAUAAAAUAGAUCAAGUUAAUUCCCCGAACGAUGUUACCACGCAUCUGCUAGAGGUUCUGCAUGCGAGGUACAAAUCGGAGGAGAACAACAAGCGUAAAGUAGAGUCCAGUGUCGAUGCGAACUCCAACGCGACGUCGAAUGGUGGCUUCAUGGAAACGGAUUCCGUGGGCGCUUCGUUGGGUCUCAACGGGAAGCAGCUAGCGGUAUACAAAGCUAUCAAAAGCUACGGUACUGCGAUUGGCAUCAACCGAAAGGAAUUGCAGGCCAAAUUUAAUCAUAUUAAUCCCUCUGAGCUACAGAACAUCAUCGACUUCAUGACCCAGGAAGGAAUGAUCUAUACGACCGUUGACUCAGACCAUUUCCUUUGUGUCGAUGCGUAGAACUCAUCAAUUAAUCUAUAAUUCAGUUCUCUCAUUCCUUUUUUAUUAAUAAACCAAACCGGGCGAUAA